GAAGACACCACUCUCAAAGCCGUCUGGGUUCAAAACUCACUUUUUUUAUUUCACUGUGGUGGAGUUGAUGAUGGAGGUUUGUCUGCAGGGAACAAUGGGAAUUCCACCAAAGCAACUUUUACAGCACUCACCACGGCAGCUCCUGAGAUAGCUCCCAGCACCUGUAGUGCUCCUCUGUAGGAAGAAGGUUUUCACAUCUUCACCAGACACUGUUUCAGAAGAUGAGAGCAAAAGGCGUCAGGCUCCAUGAAGUACUCUUGAAAGUUAUCCCUUGAUUGUAAUUGGAAAGGUUUUCAAAACCUUUCUGCAUCAAGCCAAACAAGACAAUGGUAUAAAAGAAGUUGGAAAAGGAAUUAAACCACUGUUAGACAAUGACCAUUCCUCUUUCAAGGCACACGUGAAGACCACCCCUUUAGUUUUGGUGCUGCUUCUGUAACCCGUUUUUGCAGAUUACUGACAAGGAAGCAAAUUUUAUCGGCUAAUGGAGGAAAUUAAACUAAAUCUGCAGACCCGUAUUUAGGGAAGGCGAUGGAACAAAAGCAUGUGCAGUGCCUGACACUAAGGGCUGUGUGCCCAAACCUGUUGCCACCAUGGAAGGAUGAAUGACCAGUGUUCCCACCACUUUUCCAAAGGAAAAAUGCAUGUGCCCAGUAUUUGCCUGCAGAUGCUGGACCAGGUAUUUACAAGGCACCUAUCACCUUGGUACCUAAGCAGUUUGAGAAAUGCACCCACCCCAGGAGGGAUGAUGAGAUACAGACAGAGGCCCAGGUCCAGAGCAGCAGAGGCAGGGCCCGGGAAGCUCCCCCGCUGUGUUCCCGCUGUUGUUGAGCUCCUGGCCCGCUUGUUGUGGCCAAGGGACAUCUCCAUCCACCUGUCUGUCAGCAGGAAGAGACGGUGUCCCAGCCCUCCCGUGCAGCUCCGCUGGUGGGCAGUCUGAAAAGGAAAGAUAAUGGAAAAGGCAACGAUCCGGUAGCAGAGGUGAAACAGGAAUGGUGGGAUUUCAAAAGGAGGGCUUCUUAAAGAGCAGCACAUCUCAGGGGAGGGAUCAGCUGCCAGUCCAAGUGGCAGAUGUCACUGGGGAGCAAGAUGGGGAGGUUCCUGGAUCCUCGGGGCAAGCCAGCCAUCACCGAGGGAGCUCGCUGUCCACGCCGGCCGAAGAACAGGAAUCCUCGGUGCCUGCCUCUGAUGAAGACUCGCCAGCCAGGACCACAGAGAGCUGGCAGUGGCCGCUGUCCUCAUCUGAAACGCACAGCAACGUUGGGGAGGAUUUUGAGGGAUUUCAAACGCCGGCGCGGACUCCGGAGUGCACCAUGGACAUACAGUCUCCCGGGGAUCAGUCACUCAGUAGGACUCCUCAGUUUGAAAGUGACUCUCCUGAGGAGGAGGGAAAUGAUGAGAUGAAUGAAGAGCGCUGCGGUGUUGAGCCUGUCCCUAGGGAUCGGGGUUGGAGAGGGCAGCCCCAGCUAACAGAGGGAGAGAAGCUGUUGAUGGAAACCAACAGUAGGAUUGUGCAGCUGCUGGAAAAUAUCAAGAGGGAGCAUGCACAGUCCAUGGGUCUCAUGUCCCAGUCCAUGGGCCGUAUGGAGCUGCAGCUGGGCAUUGUGGCUACCUCCACAAGAGCCAUCCAUAACUACCUGUCAGAGAUUUUAGCUUUCCUCAAGCAGCCGAGGACGCAGGUCCUCGAAACGCGCAUCUCCCAAAGAGCCACCCCCCAUGUCGAGUUGACGUGUGCCUCGACAUGGACUGGUGAGGACGCAGUGGCAUCCUCCACUGUGUGCUUACCAGGGGCCGAAGGGACGAGCGACUCUCGCGACCCGCCGCAGGCCACCCUGCCUUGUCGCAGUGGCCGGCUGCAGAGAGCCAUAACCGAGAGGGCCUCGCUGCCCAUGCCUCCACGCCAGGCAAAAGGGGGAGGGAAGAAAAAAUAACCACUCCAUAGGAUUUUUAGAGUUUUUUUUAAUGUGCCUGUCCUUUUAAUUCUUAGCCAUAAGGCCAUCGGUGGCAGAGUUCAACCAUUUCCUACAUUGGCUAACAUUGUAUUCUGGCUGACUAGAUUAGUCUAACAUUUUGUAGUUUAUAUUUGCACUGUUAACGAUGUGUGCUGCUGGUAUUUGAAGAACAUUUGCCUCUGUUCUUUCACUUUAACUUCAUACGAGCAUUUUUUUACUCUGUGCCAGGCAUUCAUUGCUUUUCUUACAAAUACAAGUC